GCCUUGUCGAAUUACCGAUAUGCACUAGAAGUGUACAGAAAUGUUUACCGGCGUGAAGUUUCCUAUUUCGUUAGAUUUGUGAAUCAAGUCCUAUGUGAUAAGUUUCAGUGUGUUUUAUAACCGAAGAUUUUCGAUCAUCAAGGACAGAGGAGCGGUCGUAUCGGCCAGUUCUGAAUGUAGGAUGUUCAACACGGUUAGGAUCGGAGGCCGAAAUCAGGCGGGUCUGUUUGACAAGCCCAUCGCGCCGCGGCAUCGUUGAGAACAGUUCUCAGGAGCAAAGCCCAUUGGCGUAGCAACAGAAAAGAGUUAGAUCGCUGACGGCUCGUUGGUGCAAAAGGGUUCCGAGACUGUACGCUAGAGAAGAGUCAUGGAUCAAUCGGACAGCCCUCCUCUGAAAGCAUCAAGCAUGGAUAAUUUAGUCAGGGCUAUGUCUUAUCUAGUCCUUGUACAGAAGAAUAGAAUGAGCCAGAAUGACACCUGCAUCUAUGAUGGAGAAGACACGAAGUUCAAAAUCGACUAUGAAUCAAACACGUACAAUAUAUAUCAAUUCCUGAACAACCAUCCGGGAGGCGUGAACUAUGUCAAACCAUACGAGAGCAAAGAUGUUGCACAAUCAAUGCGUCGAUAUGACCAUUCCAAAGCGGCCUAUUAUCUACUCAAAGAAUAUCAGCAAGGAGGGAGAAAGAAAGAUGAGGAUGAUUUGGAGCGUUUGGUAGACUGGAACAAACCCAUGCUGAGUCAAGUUGGGAAACUAGGAACAAAAUAUAGUGAAUGGGUGAUAUCACCAGUAGACAGGCGACUGAGGUUAUUUGACAGCGAUCUUCUGGAAUACCUUACCAUAACUCCAUGGUACGUGGUACCAAUGAUCUGGAUACCCAUCAUCAUAUAUCUAGCUGUGAUCGGAACCAAAAAGUAUAUUCACAUUACCAAAGACGUUUCACCUUGUAUACCAGUAGUACUAAGUAUAUCAGAAGGAAUCGUUCUUUGGACGUUGAUAGAAUAUUCCCUACACAGAUGGGUUUUCCAUAUGGAACCGUCUGGGAAGUCGAAAUUAAUGAUAUACUUUCAUUUUGCCAUACAUGGACUUCAUCAUAAAGUACCGUUCGAUUCAAGAAGAUUAGUAUUUCCACCAUUUCCAGCUGCCAUAAUCACGUUCACCAUCUACAAGCUGACGUCAUUGUUUUUCUGUGACUCUACACAUCUGCUGGUAAUUGCAGGUGGAUUAUUAGGUUAUGUCGUUUAUGACAUGAUUCAUUUCUACUUACAUCAUGGAGCACCUGACGAGAACAGCUACUUCUACCAUUUGAAAAGAUAUCACAAUCAACAUCACUUUGCUCACCACAAUAGCGGUUUUGGUAUCAGCAGCGUCUUUUGGGACAAAAUUUUCGGAACCGCAUUGCAUUUGCGGAAACUAGCAAAAAGCAUAAAGUGGUGAAACGCACAUAUAAAUACAUUUACACAGUUUUACAAGAAGUGUUCUACAAGUGUGAUUUUAUUAUUUAUUACUACGAUGUAUUUUAUAGAUCGGAUUUUUGCAAAAAAUAUUAUUUUUCCAUUGUUGUAUUGUCUCUCCUCACCCUCGCUUAUUGUUUCUUGGGCGGAGUCUGUAAUCUGACCCUCUUCUAUCGAUAUGUUAACGAGCUUUGCUCUACUGAUUUGAGCUAUCCUACACUAUUCCGUCACGUGCUAGGCCUGAUAGAUGAACACACCAGGUUUCUCCUCAUCCCUAG